AUGAAGCACAUCUCCCUCUCGCCGUCCACCGAACUCGCCGAGAUGGCCAUCUCUGUCACACCAUUUAGGACACCGAGUUCACCAAGAUCGCCAUCUCCAUUGCACCGUUCAGUCCACCGAGCUCACCACGUUCGCCAUCUCCCUCGUGCUUUUGAUGUGCUCGUAAUCAUAAGCGAAUGGUGGAAAAUGAGCUAA